AUGGACGGGCUCUUGGGAGGUGAUGGAACUGUGGGAGGUGGAGCAUACUUGGAGGAGUCCAACAGAUGCAGGCCCCAGAGAUGGAGCCUGAACCAUGGCCUGUGGUGGAAGCGGUACUCGCUACUCAAGCGCCCAAGAAAGGCCAAGAAGGAGGCGCCACCCAUGGGGAAGCCAGUAAAGACCCACUUGGGGGACACGAUCCUCCUGCCUGAGAUGGUAGGGAGCAUGGUGGGUGUGUACAACGUCAAGACCUUCAACCAGGUGGAAAUCAAACCGCAGACAAUCGGCCGCUACCUUGGUGUGUUCUCCAGCACCUACAAGCCCCUGAAGCACAGCCAGUGUGGUAUGGGUGCCACCUACUCCUCCAGCUUCAUCCCCCUCCAGCAGCUGUGGCCCAUAAAUGGGGCUCACUCUGAGAAGACCUGACUCCUCCUCCUCAGAGCUCUCUGGUUUGUUUUUGCAGUGCCUGGGGUCAGUCACUGUGGCAGGCUGGAGACUCAUCUUGCAAUCCUGAGGGUGGAAGUGUUGACCAUGCACAGGGAACUGUGUGCAAGCUGGCACAGGCACUGAUAAAUCACCCCGUAGACGUACCAGGACCCUUCAACCUGAACAUGUAAAAUACACCCGGCGGUGGUGGCACA